CUCCGUCGCCUGGCGGCCACCAUCCGCAAGUCGACGACAAUCUUGCUGCCUGCAUGGAAGAAGCAGCUCAAGAAUCUCAAUCAAGACAUUCUCAUGCUGAAGCAAGACGUCAGGACACGAUGGUGUUCGACUCACGAUAUGCUCAAGCGGGCCGUCCGUCUGAAGACAGCCAUCAAGUCAUUCUGCGAGGCCGACAACGACCUCCAUCCGGACCUCGACCUAGAGGAGUACCAGCUAUCUAGGCGCGAGUGGUCGAUCGCCGAGCAACUUCUCGAGGUGCUCAAGGACGCGACACUGUUCUUCUCCCGGAGCACGCCAAACCUCGCAAGCGUCAUCCCAGUCAUGGAUGUCCUUGAUGAGCGCCUUACCACGACUGCACUGCCGGGUAGCAAGACCUCAAAGGGUGUACCCUACGACCCGGCCGUUCGAUUUGCUCACAAGUUUGCGCAGCAGGUUCUCAAUAAGUACUAUGAACUCACAGACUCUUCAGAGUGCUAUCGCAUUGCCAUGGGCGAGUUCUAA